AUGUUGGGAUUAAAAGUUAAGGAACAUAUUAUUACAGAAAUCAAAUAUUCGAAGUACUACGGUGUAAGCAUUGAUUCCACAUCAGAUAUAAGCCACACUGCUCAACUUACUGUAAUACUUCGAUAUGUGUUCUCUGAUGGAAAAGUUGUAGAAAGAUGUGUGCAGUUCAUCUCUAUUGAGAGACACCAUGGCAAGUACCUCAUUGAUGUAUUGACCAAUUUUUUUCAACAAAGUGGAAUAGAUCUUUCAUGGUGCAGAUCACAAUCUUAUGACAAUGCAAGCAACAUAAGCGGGAUAUACUCCGGUGUGCAAACAAGAUUCAAAGAAAUCGACAAGUUACCAGAGUUGAUACCAUGUGCAGCCCAUAGUCUAAAUUUAGUAGGAUCUGUUGCUGUAGAAAGUUGCACAACGGCUGUAAACUUUUUUGGUGUUCUACAGUCCAUAUACAAUUUCUUUUCGGCUUCACCACAAACAAGGAGUAUACUUACUGAAAGUCUUAAAACCAAAAGAAUUGCAUAUGUAGUUCACAGUAUAUCAAAAACACGAUGUUCUGCAAGAAGUGAUUCCGUGACAGCUCUAUUCAUGAACUACUCAGAGAUUAGACAGAGUCUGAUCAGUGUUGCAGAACGUGCUGGACAACCUCCUUCGGCUGUUCAUGAAGCUAAAUCCCUUGCCAAAAAAACGUGA